UGCCAUUCAGCGUCGGUAGUAGGAGCCAGUUCUCGGACUUGGUUUGAGUUUUUCUGGAUACCUCUCUUACCAUUCACCAAGAGUCGAAUAUGGAUUUGUGGUAUAUGUCGUGAGUGCAGCAGCUCAAUUCCCCCUUUGCCUCUCCCUUUGUCCAGAUACGAUGUUGGUCAAUCCAGCGCCGGUCCGUUGAUCAUGACUCCUCUGUAG